AUUAUAAAUUAAAAAAUCCAAAAAUUAAUAUUCCAGCAUAGUUCAAACAAUUCAAUAAUGACUAAGUACGAAAGCAACAACAAUUCGAAAUGUAAAAAAUCUAUAAAAUCAAUGAAUACCAAGCAAUAAAUCGUUGCCAAUAAAUAAAAUUGCAAAAGAGUCAAAUAAAUACACGUAUAUUGUGGAAUCGCAACAACAACAAAAUGUGUAUAAAUCUACAAAAAACAGUGAAAAAAUCGCUUGCUAAGCGACUGUAACUCAAAGCAGAUUGCAACUGUAGAUACAACAAUAAAAAGGCGUCGCAACAAUAACAACAGUAAAUGCUAACAAUACCAAAGCAACCUUAGAAGCUGCAAAGUGUAUUGAGUUGCGGAGCUUAUCUCUCAAUAAGCAAAAUAAAAGAGUAAACAAAAAACAAAACAAAAAAACACAUAAAUUGCCCCAAAGUCACAGCCAACAAGAAAACAGUGAAUUUGUAGUGUGUGGCAGCGAAGCUUGCGGUAAGGUGCCACUUUGCAAUUGCACCUUUAUUCAACUUUAUUGAGGCACCAACGGCAGCAGCAACAGCGGCAGUAGUAGUAGCAGACGCCGCCGCGCCUUUUUUAGAGGCGCUUGGGAUCAGCAGCUACGCAACGAGAACGCAGUCAAAACGGCGACCAUAACGAAUUCCUCGGCGUUAGCGAUGAGCCAACUGGGCACCGUCUACGCCACAAAGCGUAGGCGACGCAAUGGCAAAAGUUUAAAGCCACCGCCCAAGGAUGGCGUCACCAAGAGUAACCCAUCGAAACGUCAUCGCGAACGUCUCAACGCCGAGUUGGAUUUGUUGGCCUCGCUGCUGCCAUUCGAACAGAAUAUUCUCAGCAAAUUGGAUCGACUGAGCAUUUUAAGGCUGUCCGUUAGUUAUUUAAGAACAAAAAGUUACUUUCAAGUUGUUAUGCAUAAGGAUAAGGAGGAGAAUGGCAUGUUGCCACACAUACACACACACGCACACGAUGGCUAUCGAACGCGCGAAUUGGGCGCAUUUGAGCAUGGCCUACUCGACGGUGAUAUGUUCCUGCAGGCCUUAAAUGGAUUUCUAAUGAUUCUGACAUGUGAAGGCGAGGUCUUCUUUGCCACGCACAGCAUCGAGAGCUAUUUGGGUUUUCAUCAGUCAGACAUCGUGCAUCAGUCCGUCUACGAGCUAGUCCAUUCAGAGGAUCGUGAGGAGCUGCAACGUCAACUGUUGUGGAACUCAUUUCUUCCCGCCGACAUGUCUACCAUACAGCUGGCUGAUACAUUGGCGCCCGAUAAGGCGCUCUAUCUGGAGCGUAGUUUCACCGUGCGUUUUCGUUGCCUGCUCGAUAAUACUUCCGGCUUUCUGCGACUGGACAUACGUGGACGCAUCAAGAUACUGCAUGGCCAAAAUCGCAAAACCGAAGAGCCACCAUUGGCGCUUUUUGCCUAUUGCACACCGUUUGGGCCGCCCAGUCUGCUGGAGAUACCGCACAAGGAGAAUAUGUUCAAGUCGAAGCAUAAAUUGGACUUUUCACUAGUCUCCAUGGAUCAGCGUGGUAAACACGUGCUGGGUUAUUCAGAUGCCGAACUAGGCAAUAUGGGUGGUUAUGAUCUGGUCCACUACGAUGACCUGGCUUAUGUGGCCAGUGCGCAUCAGGAAUUACUGAAAACUGGCGCUUCCGGUAUGAUCGCUUACCGUUACCAAAAGAAGAACGGCGAAUGGCAGUGGCUGCAGACGAGUUCCCGCUUGGUCUAUAAAAAUUCCAAACCCGACUUUGUGAUCUGUACACAUCGCCAGCUGAUGGACGAGGAGGGACAUGAUCUGCUUGGGAAGCGUACUAUGGACUUUAAGGUGAGCUACUUAGACACCGGGCUUGCGUCCACAUAUUUCUCGGAGGCAGAACAGUUGGUGGUGCCGCCAAGCACCUCACCGAAUGCGUUGCCACCGCCAGUGACACCGACACGGCCGAAUCGACGCUAUAAAACGCAAUUACGUGACUUUCUCUCCACUUGUCGGACCAAACGUAAAAUGCAACAACAGCAACCACAGCAAUCUUCUCUGGGGCAGGUGACCUCACCUGCGCCCGUUGUCGAGUAUCUACCCGAUCCAGCUGUGGCUGUCGCCGCCGCCUAUUCGAAUCUCAAUCCCAUGUACACUACCUCGCCCUAUGCAACCGCUGCAGAUAACAUCUACAUGGGUACCUCGGUACAUUCCACCAAUUUCUAUCCUGUGACCGAGAAUCUCUUCCAUCAAUAUCGACUGCAGGGCGUAAGCAGCUACUACACAGACUAUCAUCACACCGGUGCACCUGCUUCUGCUUAUGUGACUAACGGUUUUCUGCCCUACGAUGGCUAUACGAUUGCGCCCAAAGACGACAAGUGGCAGGAAACGGGGAAAUACUAUAGCGGCUAUAGUAGCGGGUAUGGAAGUCCCACAUCGACGCCACAGCAAGUUCCACUGAAGACGCCGAAAUCCUCGCCACACGUCAUGGAAGUGGUGUCGUGUUCAUCGGAUGGACCAUCGCCGAUAGAUGGGAGCGCUACCGCCGCAGCCGCUGCUGCACAUGCGGCCAGAAUAGGCAGCAGCACAAAUAUAACAGUGAAUGGUGUCAGCGGCAGUGGUGGCAGCGCAACGCCAAAGUUGGAACUAGCCGCGCCGCAGCAGGAUCAAUAUGAGCGGCAAACUGUGCUGAUGUGGGGCUCACAGUCCAGCGGCAUUCCCAUUAACAGCAUUGGCGGCGGCAGCAGUAGGCGUCACCAUAGCAACGCCGAACGUUCGCCACAGUCUACACCGCUGACAAAUGGGCUUAGCUAUGCCAACAACAACAAUAACGAAAAUGAAGUGGUCAGCGCCAAAUGGAAUGGCAGCGCCAGCGUGAAGGAUGUUAAAAAUGCUGCCACACCGGAUAGUUAUCAACUGCAGCACGAUGAUUCGGGACUGUAUUCCUCCUCCUCACACACCACUUCCCCGCAACAGCAGCAGCAUCAACAACAACAGGUAGCGCCAGCAAGCCAACAACAAUCAAUACAACGAUCCAGCGGCAAUUCGGUGGCUGAACAACAACUCUCUAAUACCACUGCUACACAUUUGGCGCACUCACUGACACAGCAACAGCACUUGCACACCCACAUGCAACACACGACCGCCAGUGAUAUGAGCACUCCUUCCACGGCUACCGCCAACAACCUGCCCUUGCACUCCACGCGCCUAUCGUCGUCAGAAGUCGGUUCGACACCAACAACAGCAGCCGCUGUAGCAGCGGCGGCGGCAGCAGCUGCAGCUGCCUCAGCUGCACACCAGCACGCACAGUCACAACACGCAGCGGCGGCGGCAGCACACCACCAUGCUCAUCAUCAUUCUCAUGCGCAUGCGCAUACACACCCACAUGCGGCACAUGCGCACACUCAUCCUCAUCACCAUCAUCAUCAUGCGCAUGCGCACGCCGCUCAUGUAGCGGCGAACAGUAGCGAGGUAUUGCUCAACCAUCAACAACAGCAACACCAACAACAGCAGUUGGAGCAACUGGAACUGCAACAACUGAGCUACGCCAAUCAAUUGCAAAUACUACCCGGUUGCAAUUCAACAGCUUCGUCUAGCUCAUCACCCACGUGCCACUCCCCCAGCGCUGGCAACGGCGCAACAACACUAACAAACUCUGUCGGCGCCGCCGCCGGAGCGCAUAUUGCCCUACUGAAUGGCGGCAGCAGCAAUGGCAGCGAUACAGACAUUCAAAGCGCGAGUGCCGUAUCAGCAGCCGCUUCGGCUGCCGCCGCCGCUGCCUACCAUCACCAUCACCAAUUGACAAUCAUAGCGCCGAUCGUAAUCACACCGGCAUCGAUGAUGAACGGCGAUGGCGCGCUGCCGCUGAGCACCGCACUGCAGCCCAUACAUGGUAGCGAAGCUAUUACAACUACAACAGCACUAAACGGCAUCGAUCACAAUCUAACACAACGCUCCGUCGCCUCGUCGCACCAUCACACCGCACAACUGUUGUCGCACACAGCCCUGGCCUACGCGCCCAACGCCGCCACCGCGACGUACUUGAUCAGCGGCAGCGGCGGUCCGACUGUGCUUGGCGCCGGCAGUGGCAACAGUCAACAAGGCAGCAUUAUUAGCAACGGCAUUAGUGAGCACAUUAUGACAAAUGGAAAUCCGCUUUGCUCCUUCUCGGAGGUGACCAACACGCUGCUGAAUCAGUAAGCGGUUCGUCGGAGCUAUUGGCAGGAAUUUGGCCAAUGGUUGGGCAAAUGUAAUGCGUAAAUUGUAAUGAGUAAAUGCGUGUUUUUAUAAUGAUACAGUGUUGUGCAAAAAAGGAAAGUUAAAAAAAAUUCUGAUAUAAAUUUUUUAUAAAUUUUACUAUGAGUCUUAUUAACACAAAAAAAAAGAGUAUUCUUUUCAGAAAAUUUUUUGGAAAAUAUAUAUGUAUACAUAUUUGCUUUAAUUUCAGCGUAACCUACAAAUAAAUAACUGUGUUAACUUGUCCUUUCAUUAAAAAUAAAUGACAGUUAGAGUUUGCAAGUAAAAAAUAUAUUAAAAUAAAUUAAUUUCAAAGAUUCUUGGUGAGCCGCUAAAUAAACAAAAUUAAUUUCAAAGAUUCUUGGUGAGCCGCUAAAUAAACAAAAUUUCCGAGUUUCCAAUAUAAUGACUUAUUUUAACUGACGGUGUGACAAAAAAAAGUGUGAAUAAAAUUUAAAAAGCCGUUUGCCAAAUAUAAAUAAUAUAAAAAUCUUCCACAACCAUAAAUAUUGCACAAUAAAACUGAUGUACGCAUUAUAAGAAGAGCAAGUAGUAAGGAAUUUUUUGUUAAUCUGCAUUCUGCAACAUUUCAACAAAAGACUUAAGACACGAACGUCUUUGAACAGUAUGAUUCUCAUAAAAAGUUUGUGUCUUAAGUCUUUUGAUUUUACAUGCUAUUUACUUUGCUGAUAAAAAUCUGAAAAUUACUUAUUGAAAUAAAAUAAUAAUAAUAUUGUUUAUAUGAUUUUCUGUGAUAUUCUUCUAAGAGUAUUCAACAAAAAGUUGUAAAUUAAAUAUUCAAAAAACAGCAGUGCAUUUUCACACAAAAAUUAUAUUUUAAAUAAUAAUAAAUAGUUAAACAGAAAAUUAAAUUAAAUCGUUCACAUACAGUCAGCAAUAGAUUUUCCAAAUGUGCAAAGCGCUGAUAGCCAGUGCUUACACUUAAAAGUAGAUUAGUCAUUCGAUAAUACUUACAUUUCAAUUACUUAUACAAAUAAUACUCUCUUAGCAACAUUUGUUGCGAGAGUAUAAAAAUAUAUUUUACAAUACUAUAAAAAUAUUUGCUACACAAAAAAAUACUUCCUUAAUAAAUAAAAAAAUUAAAAAUAAAUUAAAAAAAAAAAACAAAUCAUUCUCCCAAACUCACAAAGUUUUCGAAAUAAGCCACAACUAGAAAAAUAGAAAAAAAUCAACAUUUUACCAACAAUAAUGCUACAGAAACAACAACAACAAUAAUAAUAAUAUCAGCCAAUAACAAAUAAAACUUUUUUUAAUGAAAAAAAUCUGAGUAAAAAAUUUGUAUUUUGCAGAAAAAAAAAUUUUAAUGAAAAGAAAUAUAAUUUUUUCUUUCCAUUUUCACAAAUUAUUCUUCUAAUUUAGUUGAUUUUUAUAGUAUACAAAAAAUAUCAGCACUUACGGUGAACAAGAUGAGAACAGUAGUUGUAAUUACAACCAAAGAACUAAGCUUAAAUAUAAAUUACAAAAAAAAAAAAAAAAUCAUAGAAAAGAAGUGCAUGCGUUGAACUUAAAAAAAAUAAAAUAAUAUUAUCAUUUUUGAAAUCGCAUAUAUUUUAUAAAAUAUUUAACAAGAAAUAUAUUUGAAAAAAAAGAAAUUAUUGAAAAAAUUCAAAAAUUCAAAAAUACAUUAAAAACAAAGCGCCAAUUUUCCAUUUGCAUGCUAUAAAAAAUCUUAAGCAUUGCAAUAAGUUUUGUAAAACUGAAAAAUUUAAAACGACAAAAUUUCUGUGAGUUUAUCACGUCAACAAGAAAGCAAUUUAUAAUGCAAUUGUAAAUUUUAUGCACUAAAUAUUAUAAAACUAUAUAUAAAUACACGACAUUAAGCAUGCAAUAUGGUAGUACAUGCCAACACACACACACACUUACACAUGCAUACUAAUGUAUACCAAUAUAUUUAAAUAUAUAAAAAAAUUAAAUUAAAAAAAAAAUAUGAGAUACGAUUUUGGAAAAUUAAUGUAUACUAGCAAAAACAAUACUAAAUUCAAUUAAAUUAUAUUUAGCAAUUUAAUAAUAUAAUUAAUAAUUUUUAAUUAAAUCAAAUAAAUAUGUACAAUGUAAUAUAAACUUUGGUAUAUAAAGUGAAAAGUUUCCUAUUGCUUUAGCGCUAGUUAUUAAUAGAUGAAUAGAAGAAAAUAAUUUUAACUAAUAAAUAUAAAAAAAAAUUAAAUUAAAAAAAUUAAUUAAUUAAACAAUUAUGCAAUAAUAUUAAGCAUAAAUAAUUACAAAUAAAAUUAUAAAAAUAUCAAUAGUAAAUAAAUAACGGAUUUUAUUCGCAUAUCUAGUCGCUAAUAAUUACAAACAAAAACUUGAAAAAUGUAAAUAUAUAUAUUAAAAAUAAUUGAUUAAAUAUUGUUUCCUCUUUAAUUGAAAUUUCAACUAAACGCCAAUAACAACAAAACAAUUAGCAGAAAAAAAAUUGAAAAAAAAAACAUUUUCUGAAAUUCACACACAUUUAUUGUAAAUAGUGUGCAUUUGCCUAUAACUCUAAGCGAAUUACUGGUUCCAAAACUACAAAUCGUAGCAUUAAAGUAAACAUAAGCAAUUUAUGGAAAUUAUAGCAAUUCUCUAGCCGUAACCAGUGACCAAAACUAAUUUAAUAAAACAACAAAUAUGUAACUAAAAAAUAGUAUGUGACAAAAAUUUUAAAGUUUUUAAAAUAUUUUUUUAAUUGCUUUGCUAAAAUUAUUUAAAAUUAUAUUAGAAAUUUGACUUUUUUAUAACAAUUUUCGAUUUUUAGUAUUUUUUUUUAAUAUUUCUUACUAAUUUGAUAUAUCAUUUGGCCAUUAAAAUUUUUAUAAUUAAAAUUUGUAGACAUACUUCGAUUAAUUCUAGCUAUAUAAACCACAAAAAAUUAUUAUAAUAAU